UGUAACCUUAACAUUCGUCGGGUAAAAUCUCUUUACCACGUAAACACACAUCACGACCGUUAUUAGACGAAAAUGUUUACUAUAGUCACGUAUGUGUUUUAUGCUCCUUUUGUGUCGUCACAAUAGAUAUUUUUUUUUUUUUUACAAAGAAAAGUCAAUUUCUCAUCAAUUUUACGACAUUAAAGUGGUAGUAUUCUUUUCACGAUCAUGCCGUCAGGAACUUACACUGUGAAUCAAGACAGCUGCAAAAAUGGCUUUUCUAACAAAUAUAAACAGGAACGGUGCGGGCACGUCGAAGAUAUCGAGUUACCAUCAAUCAUAAUGAGCGCAUCGAUCAACCCGGGUAUAUCAAACUCCACGCUAAAUUUGAAUAAGACCAUCGUUAAGAUGAAGUACAUAACCGGGGUCAACGUCAAACCCGGUAUCUUCCACAUUUUUCGAUACGCAGACAUUUGGGAUAAGAUACUGAUGAUUGUUGGCGUCAUCACGUCAUUGGCUACGGGAGCUAGUUUACCUGUCCUGGCCAUGUUUUUCGGUCAAAUGACAAACACGUUCAUCAGACAAACUGCAGCGCGAAAUCCCAUCACGGUUACAACACCAAGUUACAGCUACAAUUUUACUUCAUUCAACGCCACGACUGCCGAAGUGGAUUCAUCACUGCCGCCGCUUUCUCCUCAAGAGUUCGACCAGUACAUGACGACAUAUUCGUUGUACUACUUAUACAUCGGUAUUGUCGUAUUAAUCGCUGCUUUUGUACAGACCUGGUGCUGGGAAAUGGCAUGCGAACGGCAAGUGUACCGACUUCGUAAUGUGUUCUUCUCGCAGAUCAUCAGACAGGAUAUCACUUGGUUCGACACCAACCAAAGCGGAGAUCUUACGACAAAACUGUUCGAUGAUCUGGAACGAAUCCGAGAGGGUAUAAGUAGCAAGUUCAGCAUACUCACGCAGUAUAUAUCUACAUUUGUUUCCGGUCUGCUGAUUGGUUUCUACAUCAGCCCAGAACUGACAGGUCUGUUGCUUUUCGUCGGACCGAUAAUUAUUGGCAUUACGGCUUACCUUAGUCAGAACUCAUCCGCGGCUAGUUGUAAAGAACAAAUUAAGUACGCGGCUGCCGGAUCGAUUGCCGAAGAAGUGUUUACCGCCAUUAGAACCGUAGCCGCAUUUGGAUUGGAAAAAAAAGUGAUCUCCGGGUAUACCGCCGCGUUGAAAGAAGGAAGUAAAAUCGCUAUACGGAGGUACAGGAUUUUUUCUAUCGGACUCGGCACUAUGUUCAUGCUGAUGUACAUCGGAUACGGCGUAGCGUUCUAUUAUGGGGCUAAAUUGGUCGCAAGAGGAGAGGCUACACCUGGCACAGUUUUCACCGUAUUCUUUAGCGUGAUGUCGGGCGCGUUUUCAGUAGGAAACGCUUUGCCGUAUAUGAACGCGGUCACCACGGCCAUGGGAGUGGCGAGAAAUCUCUACGGUGUUAUCGAUAGAGUCCCGGAAAUCGACGCGUCAUCCAAGAGCGGGAAAAAGCCAAAGGAUAUUACCGGCAAAAUCGAAGUAAAAAACGUUGAAUUCAGUUAUCCGUCGAGGCCAACAAUCAAAGUACUUAAUGGUUUAAAUCUAACAAUCGAACCCGGCCAGACUGUAGCGUUAGUGGGUUCAAGCGGUGCCGGUAAAAGUACUAUUAUUGGUUUGCUUUUACGAUUUUACGAUCCAGAAGCGGGACAAAUUUAUCUAGAUUCGAAUAAACUCUCCGAUCUAAAUGUCCAUUGGCUUCGAGAUCAAAUUGGACUCGUAUCUCAGGAGCCAAUUCUUUUCGGAGUGUCGAUUUCUGAUAACAUCCGAUAUGGGCGAGAAGACGUUACGGACGAAGAACUUGUAGAAGCUGCAUCACAAGCAAUGGCGCACGAUUUUAUUAAAGAACUACCGAACGGUUAUAACACAUUUGUGGGAGAUAGAGGUUGUCAACUCUCGGGUGGACAAAAACAACGAAUCGCAAUAGCAAGAGCACUGGUUAGAAACCCGAAAAUAUUGUUAUUGGACGAAGCUACAUCAGCGCUAGACUCACAAAGCGAAGGGAUCGUGCAAAAAGCAUUGGAUCGAGUGAUGAAAGGCAGAACGACGAUUAUCGUGGCCCAUAGACUUUCAACAAUUAAAAAUGCAGACGUCAUUCACGCAAUGAAGAAUGGUAAAAUUGUCGAAUCUGGAACACAUGACGAUUUGAUGCAUAAAAAAGGCGUAUACCACAACUUGGUGGUGUCACAACUUAAAGUAAGUGAUAAGAAUCAAGAAGAUUCAACUUGUAGACAGGAAUAUGAUAAUGCUUGUGCAAACUAUGAAGAAAUGUCUGAAAAUCAGUCUACGUGUGGCGAGAGUGUAUUGGAUGAAAAUAAAAAGAAUUCAAAGUACUGCAUGUGGAAACUCAUAAAAGUUAAUUCACCGGAAUGGGCAUAUCUGUUGUUCGGUUGUAUCGGUUGUAUCAUAAACGGCGGUUUGGUCCCUAUUUACGCUUAUUUCUACGGACAAGUAUUCGAGUGUUUGACGCUGAAAGGCGAAGCAUUGGAAAGAGAAGCAACAUUUUGGUCCGCAAUGUUUGUUUUACUAGGAGUAGCCUCGGGUUUGGCCAUACUAUGCCAAACAUGGUUACUAACGUUCGCCGCUGAAAAACUGAUGAUGCGCUUACGGGUGCUGGCGUUUACAAAUAUACUCAGACAAGCGGUCGGAUGGUUCGACGACAAGGAAUCGAGUCCCGGCUGUCUGACGACCAAGUUGGCCAGAGAUGCCCCGGUAGUGAAAGCGGCCGGCGGAAUGCGAGCCGGCCAAGUGAUGUCGGCAGUCGUUACCAUUACCUCGGCCGUGUGCAUAGCGUUCAUUUACGGAUGGAAACUGGCCAUGAUACUGGUGAUCGCCGUUCCUUUUAUAAUCGGUGCCGGGUACCAACAGCAGAUGAGUCUCAGAAAGAACCAACGCAGAGACGCGAAAUUUAUGGACGAAGCGGGCAGAAUAGCAACCGAAAGUGUACAGAACGUGCGCACCGUGCAGUCGUUAGGAAAAGAGAAAAAGUUUGUCGACCUUUAUCGCGAAAGCUUGAAAAUUCCUAACAGGGAAGCGAAAAAACAAACGUACCUGUACGCGACAUUAUUCGCUUUGUCGCAAUCGAUCACGUACAUACUAUACUCCAUCGCUUUUAAGUACGGAUCUUAUUUGGUACUUCAAGAAGAAAUGACUCCGUCCGCCGUUUACAGGGUAUUUUUCGCACUGUCGUUCUCCGCACAUUCCGUCGGCCACACGAUGGCUUUUCUCCAGGACUACGCCAAAGCGAAACAUUCCGCUUCGAUCAUAUUUCAACUGAUCGAAAAACCAACGGAAAUCGAUAGCCAAUCGAACGACGGAUAUACGCCGGAAAUAACCGGUAAGAUAUCAUUUAGAGGAGUUCAUUUUUCGUAUCCAACGAGACGGGCAAACAAAAUCCUAAACCACAUGGAUUUUACUGUUGAAUCCGGAAAAACACUGGCGUUGGUCGGCGAAUCGGGAUGUGGCAAAAGUACUGUUAUAUCGCUUCUCGAACGUUUUUAUAAUCCUUCUUGCGGCACGAUCGAAAUAGAUGACUGUGAUAUCCGAAAUAUGAAUAUUCAGCAUUUGCGAAAAAAUAUCGGCCUGGUUACGCAGGAGCCUGUAUUAUUCGACUGUUCGAUCAAAGAAAACAUCAGCCAUGGUGUGUGCGAUAAUAAUGUGAAUUUCGAUAUGAUUGUCGAAGCCGCGAAAAAAGCAAACGCACACAACUUUAUAAUGAGUUUACCACAAGGUUACGAUACAAUAGCUGGUGACAGGGGCAUGCAGUUGUCUGGCGGUCAAAAACAACGAAUCGCUAUAGCUAGAGCAUUGAUAAAAAAUCCUAAAAUACUAUUGUUAGACGAAGCUACAUCUGCACUAGACACCGAAAACGAAAAAGUUGUGCAAGAAGCGCUGGACGAAGCCAGAAAAGGAAGAACGUGUAUAAUAAUUGCCCAUCGUCUGUCUACCAUUCAAACGGCUGAUAUCAUAGGUGUUGUUCGUCGAGGACAAAUCAUUGAAAUUGGUACUCAUGAAGAGUUAUUUGAAAUGAAUGGAUGUUAUUAUGAAUUAAUAAAAAGGCAACACAUGUAAUAAUAAAAAAUAACCGUGUCAUAUAUGAUUUAGCAAUAACAUACAAAAGUAUAUUGAAUUAAAUAAUGUUUAUAUUUAUAAGA